AUGGCACCGACGCCUUCCAAAGGCCCCUCGAAAUCAUCCUCCAAAGGCCCCAACAAAUCUUCCUCCUUCAAAGUCAGCAAAUCCAGCAAAUCAUCCAAAGUCAAACGCCCACCACCAAAAGAAGUCAAAUCCCAAUCCCGUAGCGCUCCCAAGCAACAGAAGAAGACCAAGACGAGGGAAUACACGGAGAAGGAAUUGGAUUUACCAUCGUUGAAUAUGAUUACACCUGUUGGUGUGCAGACGCCGAGGGGUAAGAAGAAGGGGAAGGUUUUUGUUGAUGAUCAGGAGAGUAUGAUGACUAUUCUUGCGAUUGUUAAUGCGGAAAAGGAAGGGCAGAUUGAGUCUAAGAUGAUCAAGGCUCGACAGAUGGAAGAGAUUCGAGAGGCAAAGAGGAAAGAGGCGGAGGCUAGAGCGGAGAAGAAGAAAUCGAAGUUGGAGAGCGUCAAAGACGAGCUACGAAACAAGAAGAAGAGAAGAUCAAGCGACGGUCCUACGGAAGAUAAGAAAUCCAGCUUCAAGUCUAAGGAGAAGCGGAAGAAUGUCUCUUUUGCUUGA